AGUUUUAUUGUAACAUUAUAUACUUUAAAUUUUGUUUAGAUUUCUAUCUUCUCGAUGGAAUUUGCACAUGAUAUUUACUGACAUAGGUCGAUCAAGAACAAUUUCUUUUAUCACUAACCCUUCAGAAUGAUGUCUUAGGUAGGAGCCACUUAAUGAUAUUAGAGCAAUAAAAUAUUAAGGCGUAAGGUAAUUUUGCUUAGGGUCACAAAAAUGUUUGAGAAGCUUCUACUUUGACUUUGCUUUUCAGAUUUUAUUUAUUUGUUUUUUGUACAUUAUUUCUUUUGAUUUCCAUAUUGGUUGUCUGAUCUUGUAUCUUAAGAGUUUGGUAAAAUAAAAAGGUGUAACAAAGCCAUUAAAGGACGGCCAGCAUGAACAUAACAUUUUGACUCUAAAUUUUGAGCACAGCCCUGCCAAACGUGCAAUCCACAAAACUGUCUGAACUCUCAUAUAUCCUUUCAUUUGUCUAUUGUAUCCCUUACUGUCUUUGACAUCCUCCUAAAACCCACAAAACAUUUUCCUAAUAUAAUGCCCGAACCCCUUCGACAGUCUCCGGCCUCACCUCAAUGGUCUCCACCACCUCAGCCGGGAUCAAUAACAGCAGCAAACACCAGCUCAUUAUCCCCAACACCUUCCAAAUCCAAUCGAGUCCUACGAAGGGUACGUUCUGUUUUCAACUCAUUCCCUAAUGUAACCCCUGUGUGCAGGAUACCGAUCUUGAUCAGGCUCAACGACGGACAUACCCAUGGUGGGACCCGGAUAACUGGCACGCUCUUUGGCUAUCGAAAAGCGAGGGUAAACUUAGCAAUCCAAGACAAUCCUAGGUGCCUUCCCAUGUUAUUGCUAGAACUAGCCAUACCCACAGGGAAGCUAUUGCAAGAUAUGGGGUUGGGUAUUGUGAGGAUUGCCCUAGAGUCUGAGAAGCACCCUUCACAUAAAACUAAGCUGAUUGAAGAACCCAUUUGGACAAUGUAUUGUAAUGGAAGGAAAACUGGUUAUGGAAUUAAAAGGGAACCAACUGAUGAUGACUUAACUGUGAUACAAAUGUUGCAAGCUGUGUCAAUGGGUGCUGGUGUUCUGCCUACUACUGAUGGGAUUGAGACGUCUAGUCCAGAUGGUGAGCUGACCUACAUGCGUGCCUCGUUUCAGCGGGUUGUUGGAUCGAAGGAUUCGGAGACUUACUAUAUGAUGAACCCUGAUAGAAGUAGUGGCCCUGAAUUAAGCAUUUUCUUUGUUAGGGUUUAG